AUGAAAGCUCUUGGCCGGAAUCCCUUCGACAUGAAGAAAUAUCACACGGAAAGCCUCCCACAGAUGCUGAAAUCGCCUCGAUGCGUGGUAUUGAAAGCCGUUGACGAUGAAACCGGAGAGUUUGCGGGCUUCUGCAAUUGGGGGCUUAUUGGGUUCUCACCCGACGAGAUGCCAGUGUUGGAAGGCAGGAUUCAGCCUCUCGAAAAGCCGAUCACAGCUUCAACACAGCAGUCGGAGAAAGACCAAUCCGAGAAGGACGAGCCAGCUUCAGCUGAGCAAAGGGCGCCAGAAGCAGAGGAUGAACCACAGGAUGAUCCUAUUAAGCGGCUCGAGACUCUUACAAGCGGCGACUUGGACGCAUGGCAAAAGGAGGUGAUGCCUGAAGGCACCAAAUGUCUCAUUGUCAUUGGACUUUCUGUCUCACCAAAAUUUCAGAGGCGAGGCAUUGGCUCUGCGCUUCUACGCUGGGGAACGAGCAUCUGCGAUCAAAAGGGUGUUUUCGCAUGGGUUCAUUCGUCGGAGCCUGCGUGGAGGAUAUACGAGAAGGCAGGAUUCCAGGUGAUCCGCUCUCUGGAUGUGGAUUUGGACGAAUACGCCCCGUGCCCUCCUCCAAACGAGGGUCCUGAUGCUAAAUGGGGCCAUUAUGUCUUCCGAUACAUGAAGUAUUUUGGCGCCAAAAAUUGA